AUGGGGAAUUCAUAUGCUGGGCAACUGAAAUCUGCUCAAUUUGAGGAAGCUCUCCACAACUCCAUAGAAGCGUCUCUCAGAUGUAGUAGUGUGGUACCACGGCCAAUUUUUUCCCAGCUGUACUUGGACCCUGACCAGCAUCCUUUCUCAUCUGCAGAUGUAAAACCCAAGGUGGAGGAUCUGGAUAAAGAUUUGGUGCACCGCUACACUCAAAAUGGAAGCCUGGAUUUUUCUAACAAUCUAACAGUUAAUGAAAUGGAAGAUGACGAAGAUGAUGAAGAAAUGUCUGAUUCAAAUAGCCCACCGAUUCCCUAUUCACAAAAGCCUGCCCCAGAAGGGUCUUGCACUACAGAUGGUUUUUGUCAAGCGGGAAAGGAUUUGCGUUUGGUAUCUCUGUGUAUGGAACAAAUUGACAUCCCAGCAGGAUUCCUCCUGGUGGGGGCCAAGUCUCCCAAUCUUCCUGAACACAUCCUAGUGUGUGCUGUAGACAAGCGAUUUCUACCAGAUGAUCAUGGGAAAAAUGCACUUUUAGGGUUUUCUGGAAACUGUAUCGGCUGUGGAGAAAGAGGAUUUCGGUAUUUCACGGAAUUUUCCAACCAUAUUAACUUGAAGCUCACCACCCAGCCAAAGAAGCAGAAGCACUUAAAGUACUACCUAGUCAGAAGCUCCCAGGGUGUACUGUCGAAGGGACCUCUUAUCUGCUGGAAAGAAUGUAGAAGCCGACAAUCCUCUGCUACUUGCCACUCUAUGAAACCAAACUCUUCGGUAUCAUCAACUGUGACUCCGGAAAAUGGCACAACUAAUGGAUACAAAUCAGGAUUCAUUCAGACAGAUGCUGCUAAUGGAAACAGUAGCCAUGGUGGGAAGAGCAGUGCAUCGAGCUCCACUCCAGCCCGCCCAGGGAAUUACUCUUUGUCACCAAGACCUAGUUAUGCAUCAGGAGACCAAGCUACCAUGUUCAUUUCUGGGCCACCAAAGAAACGACACCGGGGAUGGUAUCCUGGGUCACCUGUCCCACAACCUGGUUUAAUUGUACCUGUUCCUACAGUUCGCCCUCUUUCAAGAACUGAGUCCCUUUUAUCUGCCCCAGUUCCACAGACCCCAUUAACUGGAAUUUUACAACCUCGACCCAUUCCUGCAGGGGAGACUGUAAUUGUUCCUGAAAACCUGCUGAGUAACUCAGGAGUUAGACCAGUAAUUCUGAUAGGCUAUGGCACUUUACCCUAUUUCUAUGGAAAUGUUGGUGACAUUGUUGUGAGUCCUCUGCUGGUGAAUUGCUACAAGAUUCCACAGUUGGAAAACAAAGAUUUGGAACACUUAGGGUUGACUGGCAGCCAACUCCUGAGCGUGGAAAACAUGAUUCUUCUGACGAUACAGUAUCUUGUGCGGCUAGGUCCUGAUCAGAUACCUCUCAGGGAAGAAUUUGAGCAAAUCAUGCUGAAAGCUAUGCAGGAAUUUACUCUGAGAGAGAGAGCCCUGCAGAUGGGGGCUCAGUGUACGCCUGUGUCACCAGGACAACUCCCCUGGCUUGCGAGACUAAUCGCCAGUGUAUCUCAAGACUUGGUUCAUGUGAUUGUGACCCAAAACUCUUUGGCGGAGGGCAUUUCAGAGACAUUGAGGACUCUCAGUGAAAUGAGGCACUAUCAAAGACUACCAGAUUAUGUUGUGGCGAUUUGUGCAUCAAAAAUCAGAGGAAAUGAAUUUUGUGUGGUAGUGUUAGGUCAGCAUCAGUCCAGAGCUCUAGCAGAGAGCAUGCUCACCACAAGUGAGUUUUUGAAAGAAAUUAGUUAUGAGCUCAUCACAGGAAAGGUCAGUUUCCUGGCAUCGCAUUUCAAAACCACAUCAUUAGGUGAUGACCUGGACAAGCUGCUAGACAAAAUGCAACAGAGAAGAGGAGAGAGUGUGGUUACCCCUUUCAAUGGCGAUCUUAAUGAGUGUGUGUCAGCUCAGGAGGCUGCCGCUAUGAUCCCCACGCAAAACCUGGAUUUAGAUAAUGAAACCUUCCAAAUUUACCAACCACAGCUAACGGUUGCCAGAAAACUCUUAUCCCAGGUGUGUGCUAUAGCAGACAGCGGCAGCCAGAGCCUAGACCUCGGCCACUUCAGCAAAGUGGACUUUAUCAUCAUUGUCCCAAGAUCGGAGGUUCUGGUCCAGCAAACUCUUCAACGGAUUCGACAAUCAGGUGUCCUUGUAGACUUGGGUCUGGAGGAAAAUGGGACAGCUUAUCAGAGAGCAGAGAAAUAUGUUGUUCGUCUAGACAAUGAGAUUCAAACCAAGUUUGAAGUUUUUAUGAGAAGGGUAAAACAGAACCCGUACACACUGUUUGUGCUGGUUCAUGACAACUCCCAUGUGGAACUAACGAGUGUCAUUUCGGGUUCUUUGUCACAUGGUGAACCCAGUCAUGGAUUGGCUGAUAGAGUCAUUAACUGCAGAGAAGUCCUGGAAGCUUUCAAUCUGCUGGUGCUCCAGGUUAGCUCCUUCCCGUACACACUGCAGACCCAACAGUCUCGAAUCAGCUCCAGCAAUGAGGUUCACUGGAUACAGCUAGACAACAUGGAGGACAUGAGCUGCGAGGAGAAGCUGUAUUUCGGCUUGAAUGAAUACAGUAAGUCUCUACAGUGGGGCAUCACAAGCCCCCUUCUGAGAUGUGAUGAGACUUUUGAAAAAAUGGUGAACACGCUCUUGGAAAGGUACCCCAGGCUGCACAGCAUGGUCGUCCGCUGCUACCUUCUCAUCCAGCAGUACUCAGAGGCUCUGAUGGCUCUCACCACCAUGGCGUCCCUCCGAGACCACAGCACACCGGAAACACUCAGCAUUAUGGAUGACCUCAUCAGCUCCCCAGGAAAGACGAGAAGUGGGAGGGGACACAUGCUCAUUAUCAGGGUGCCCUCCGUGCAGUUGGCAAUGUUAGCCAAGGAGAGGCUGCAGGAGGUGCGCGACAAGCUGGGGCUGCAGUACCGCUUUGAGAUCAUCCUCGGGAACCCCGCCUCUGAACUCAGUGUCGCAACGCACUUUGUGGCACGAUUAAAGACCUGGAGAGGAAAUGAGCUGGAAGAGUGGACCCCUCGGACAUACCAGGAUUUAGAAGGUCUUCCUUGUAUUGUGAUAUUAACUGGCAAAGAUCCUCUUGGAGAAACAUUUCCCAGGUCUUUGAAGUACUGUGACCUCCGGCUCAUCGACUCAAGCUAUUUAACUCGCACAGCCUUGGAGCAGGAGGUGGGUCUGGCGUGCUGCUAUGUCUCCAAAGAGGUCAUCCGGGGCCCCGCUGUUGCCCUGGACCUUAGUGGGAAGGAGCAGGAGAGAGCCUCUGCCAGCGAGAACGAUGCUGAGGAGCUGCUGGUUGACCUGGAGAGGCCACAGAGCAACGGUAGUGCUGUCACUGGAACCUCGGGCUCCAUCAUGGAGAACGGGGUGAGCUCUUCCAGCACGGCCGACAAGUCCCAGAAACUGUCCCUGACCCCCAGCUUCCAGAGCCCGGCCAACAGCAUGGGGCUGGAUGAAGGGGUCUCCACGGGCACAACGGGAGCUGGGGAGACCCUGAAGCAGGAGUGCGACUCCCUGGGCCCCCAGAUGGCCAGCAGCACCACCUCCAAGCCGUCGUCGUCCUCAUCCUCGGGCCCCCGGGCCCUCUCGUGGCCGGGGCAGCCGCCCCAGGGCUGCAGGGGCCUGCACACCGCCCUGCCCCCGAUCGUGAUCUUAUCGAAGGCGGCCUACAGCCUGCUGGGCUCGCAGCGGGGAGGCAAGCCGCCCGCGUCCUCCUCGCUGCUGCCGCACGCCGACGUGGCCUGGGUGAGCUCCCUGCGGCCGCUCCUGCACAAGGACAUGAGCAGCGAGGAGCAGUCCCUCUACUACCGGCAGUGGACCUCGGCUCGGCAGCACCACGCCGACUUCAGCAACCAGCCGGACCCCGCCUCGGGCGCCCGCACCUGCCACCCCCGGCGGCUGCUGCUGACCGGCCCCCCUCAGGUGGGAAAGACCGGCUCCUAUUUACAGUUCCUUAGGAUCCUCUUCCGCAUGCUCAUCAGGCUCCUGGAGGUGGAUGUGUAUGAUGAGGGAGAGAUCAACGCGGAUCACAGUGAAAGCCGUGAAGUCAGCCAGUUGGAGGGCGAGCCCUGGCCUGACAUUGAGAGCUUCCGUAAAAUGCCCUUUGACGUCAGUGUGCACGAUCCCAAGUACAGCUUGAUGAGCCUGGUAUAUACAGAGAAGCUGGCAGGGGUCAAACAAGAAGCAAUAAAGGAUGCCAAAGCCGAGGAGCCCAGGAAGCGAGGAACCGUGUCCAUGAUGCUGACCAAGUACGCGGCCUACAACACCUUCCACCACUGCGAGCAAUGCCACCAGUACAUGGACUUCACUUCUGCCUCCCAGAUGUCCGACUCCACCCUUCACGCAUUCACGUUCUCUUCCUCCAUGCUGGGAGAAGAGGUGCAGCUCUAUUUCAUCAUUCCCAAAUCCAAAGAGAGUCAUUUUGUCUUCAGCAAGCAGGGCAAACACCUGGAGAGUAUGCGGCUGCCCCUGGUUUCUGACAAGAAUUUGAAUGCAGUCAAGAGCCCUAUUUUCACUCCUUCCAGUGGUCGCCAUGAACAUGGACUCCUAAACCUCUUUCACGCCAUGGAGGGCAUCAGCCACCUGCAUCUUCUGGUGGUCAAAGAAUACGAGAUGCCGCUGUACCGCAAGUACUGGCCCAACCACAUCAUGCUGGUGCUCCCUGGGAUGUUCAAUAACGCAGGCGUGGGUGCUGCCAGGUUUCUCAUUAAGGAGCUGUCCUAUCACAAUCUGGAACUGGAGAGGAACCGCCUGGAAGAACUGGGAGUUAAACGCCAGUGUGUCUGGCCUUUCAUUGUUGUAAUGGAUGACUCGUGUGUUCUGUGGAACAUUCACAGUGUUCAGGAUCAAAGCAGCCAGCCCAUAGAAGCAGGAGUUUCCAGUAAGAAUGUGUCCUUGAAGAGUGUCUUGCAGCAUAUUGAAGCAACACCAAAAAUCAUCCACUACGCAAUCCUGGGCAUACAGAAAUGGAGCAGCAAGCUGACUUCUCAGAGCCUGAAAGCCCCAUUUUCUAGGUGCCAUGUGCAUGACUUCAUUCUCCUUAACAUAGACUUGACUCAGAAUGUGCAGUACGACUUCAACAGGUAUUUCUGUGAAGAUGUUGACUUUAAUCUGAGAACAAACAGUAGUGGCCUGCUCAUCUGCCGCUUUAAUAACUUCAGUCUCAUGAAGAAGCACGUUCAGGUUGGAGGGCAAAGGGACUUUAUCAUUAAACCAAAGAUCAUGGUGUCAGAGAGCUUAGCACCCAUCUUGCCCCUUCAGUAUGUCUGUGCUCCCGACAGUGAACACACACUACUGGCAGCCCCGGCGCAGUUUCUCCUGGAGAAGUUCCUUCAGCACGCUUCCUACAAACUCUUCCCCAAAGCCAUCCAUAACUUCAAGAGUCCCGUGUUGGCCAUUGACUGCUACCUUAACAUUGGACCAGAGGUGGCCAUAUGCUACGUCAGCUCCAGACCCCACUCCAGCAAUGUCAGCUGUGAAGGGGUGUUUUUCAGUGGACUUCUCUUGUACCUCUGUGACUCUUUUGUAGGUGCUGAUCUUCUGAAGAAAUUUAAGUUUCUAAAAGGUGCUACCCUGUGUGUCAUCUGCCAAGACAGAAGCUCCUUACGCCAAACAAUUGUCCGCUUAGAGCUAGAGGAUGAGUGGCAGUUCCGCCUCCGGGACGAGUUUCAAACUGCAAACAGCAGCGAUGACAAGCCCCUCUACUUUCUUACUGGCCGCCACGUAUGAGCUUUUGAAGAGACCAAAAAUAGCAAAGGGAUGCCUAGGUGGGGUGGGGCGGAAACAAUUAUUUGGAUUUUUUUUUUUUCCUUUAAAGUACAAUCACUGUGGAGCAAAGUGCAACAUAUUUGUUCUCCAAAGAAAUCCACCCCUGCAACCCCAAUCUGACCCAGAUCUUUGGGGGGAUCACUCUCUUUCAGUUCCACUGUCAGGACCUUACGUUCAGGUUAACUCCACCCUAGGCAGUUAUGCAAUUACUUAAGACACGGGAGCCUGAGGAGGAUACACUUUGGAGAAUGAACAUGGAGUUUGCAUUGUUUUUUCUACUACACUAUGUUAGGGGGAAAACGGACUCUUGGCAUGAGCUAGCCUGAAUGUGUUACAUGAGACUCACACCGUUGGUGUGGAAUUAAUUGAAGAUUAACGUUUGAGGCCUGAACCCUCAGUUUCUCUUCAGAUCUGUACUUUGGUACAGUAUUACUCAGGGGUCUGAAAUGAUAGAAUG